AUGACGUCCUCGAACAGGCCCAAGGGGUCAACUGUUACUGAUGAUAGCAUCAGGGAGACAAUUCCCGUCGAAGAUUCUACUGAAGAUACUAAAGUCCAGAGUUUAGCUGCCUCAACUGAAGAGACGGGCUCCAACGAUGUGGUCCUUCAGUCUUCAAAGUACGAGUCCAGUCGGAUUCGUAGGAUAUUGACACCGAGGAAUUGUCGAUGGGAUGAUGAGUCGCCACCAGCCUUGUCCAUUGGUCAAUGUCUUCUAUAUGCCAUGGCCUCGGGUAUCACAGUAGCAAAUCUCUACUACAACCAACCAAUUCUCAACAAGAUAGCCGCAACAUUCAAUGUCUCAUAUGAAGAAUCCUCUCAAGUUGCGACAUUGCUACAAUCAGGAUACGCAGCUGGACUAAUCUUUGUUCUUCCGCUCGGAGAUAUUCUCGAGAGACGACCGUUUAUCAUCAGCCUAGUCUUUGCCACUGCAACAAUGUGGAUAGGACUCUGUGUCACGAGUGACUUCACUGUCUUCCGAGCCUUGUCCUUCCUCUGCGGUGCCACCACUGUAACUCCGCAGCUGAUGGUCCCUCUUGUCGGAGACUUUGCGCCUGUGCAUCGAAAGGCGUCUCUUUUAGCCAUCGUCACGUCGGGACUUAUGCUUGGUCUUCUCAUGGCCAGACUAUUAUCCGGAGUUGUGACCAACUUCACCAGUUGGCGUAACAUCUAUUGGGUAGCUUGCGGGCUGCAGUAUCUCAUGGGCGUUGUGCUCUUCUGCUUCAUGCCCGACUAUCCAUCCACAAAUCCUGAUGGUCUCAAUUAUUUCCGUGCACUGUCUUCGAUUCCUUACAUGAUGGUUACAGAACCUGUGCUUAUACAGGCCUGUCUUAUCGCAUUUACCUUGUCAGCCGUGUUCACAUCGUUUUGGACAACCUUGACGUUUUUGCUCGCUUCUCCGCCAUUCGACUAUACAUCUCUUCAGAUCGGCCUCUUUUCUCUAACGGCACUUGCGACCAUAAUGUCCAUUCCACUGAUCGGAAGGCUGAUUGAUCGCUAUGUUCCUCUGCUGCCAACCAUCGGUGGCCAGAUCCUGGCGUUGACAGGAGCUAUCAUAGGAACAUUCAUUGGUAACUUUACUGUCGCGGGUCCCGUCCUCCAAGCUAUAGGUAUAGAUGUUGGUAUGCAAACCGCUCAGGUGUCCAAUCGCUCAGCUAUCUUUGGCAUCAACCCCAAAGCACGCAAUCGAGUCAACACGGCCUAUAUGGCACUGGCUUUUGCUGGCCAAUUGACCGGCACAGCGGCGGGUAACAGAUUAUAUGCCAGUGGAGGCUGGAAGAGAAGUGGUGGUUUAAGCAUUGCAUUCGUAGUACUGUCCUUAUUAAUCUCUCUUGCAAGAGGUCCCAGGGAAGAUGGUUGGAUUGGUUGGAAAGGAGGUUGGCAUCCUCAAAGAGAGAAGGCUGUGGCACCGCCAACGCCGACAGAUGAUGAAGAAAGAGGUAGCGAGUUACAGGAUAAGGAGCAAAAGUGA